AUGACGCCUCCAGCAAGGCAGCCCUUUCUUGUCUUCACCGUCCUCCUGACUCUCCUCUCCACCUUCGCCACAGCCCUCAAAUUCGACCUCCUCGCCCACCCGGGCCAUUCGACAAAAAACGAGCGCUGCGUGCGCAACUUUGUCAAUCGGGAUACGUUGGUCGUUGUUACCGCGACUGUCGGGGGAAGUAAGGGAGAUGGCAUGGUUGUUAAUAUGCAUAUCAAAGACGCAGUAGGCAAUGACUACGGCCGCCCCAAGGACGUCGUCGGCGAGUCCCGCACAGUCUUCACCUCCCUCGCCGACACGGCUUUUGACGUAUGCUUUGAGAAUACCCUUUCUGGGCGCGUAUCACAAAACGACCCCUCCCGCUCAAUAGAGCUCGACAUCGACAUCGGCGCUGACGCCCGCGACUGGGCCGGCCUGCAAGCCGCCGAAAAGCUCAAACCUGUCGACACUGAACUCCGGCGCAUCGAGGCCUCGGUCAAUGAGAUAGUGCAAGAGAUGGAGUAUCUGCGGAUGCGGGAGCAGAAGCUGCGGGACACGAACGAGAGCACGAAUGAGCGGGUGAAAUGGUUCAGUCUGGGCACGAUGGGGGUGUUGGUUAGCUUGGGUGGUUGGCAGGUUGUUUACCUGAGGGCUUAUUUUCGGUCGAAGCAUCUCAUCUGA